AUGUCAAUCCCUCCGUCUUCAGCUUCUUCUUCCUCUUCUUCAUCUUCAACGUCUCAGUACACAUACGCGUCAAAUUCGUACUAUUCUGCGCCCUACCAGCCUCCACAGACCUACGCGACGCCCUCGCCUGCUCCAGCGCCGCCGGUGGUGCCCAUUCCCGGAGCUACGGUCUAUCCGCAGCCUAUUGGCCCUGUCCCUGCCGUGUACGCUUACCCUCAGUACCAGCAGGCACAUCAAUUGUUCCAGAGAGAUGCACAGACCAUCACACCAGAAGCUCUUGAGAAUGUGAAAGCCGCUUUGGCGAGUAGUGAGACUGAACACAAAGCGGAAACGAAAAAGAGAGCUAUUCCUCGUAAAGCUGCUGGACAGUCUUGGGAGGAUCCUACUCUCUCAGAGUGGCCAGAAAAUGACUAUCGCCUGUUCUGUGGUGAUCUUGGGAAUGAAGUGAAUGAUGAUGUUCUUUCCAAGGCAUUUGCUCGAUUCCCUACCUUCAAUAUGGCCAAGGUCAUCAGAGAUAAGCGCACUGGCAAAACCAAGGGUUAUGGGUUUGUGAGUUUCUCAAAUCCUGCGGAUCUAGCUGGAGCCCUAAAAGAAAUGAAUGGCAAGUAUGUUGGAAACCGUCCGAUCAAACUAAGAAAGAGCAGCUGGAAAGAGAGAACGGACCAGGAGGCUGCAGAAAGACAGAAGCAUCACAGCAAUAAGAAGCAAAAGACUGUGAAGAAGAGUAUACUUCACAAGUAA